UGUGAACCUUUGGACGGUGAUAACAUGGCGAAGUUAAUUAUUUGUGUUUUAUGUCUAUUAGUCCUAUCCAAAGCACUACCAACACCAGAAAUACAAGUAUAUGAAAUACAUAAGAAUGUAGAUAGAAACUUCGCCGUGGAUGAUCAAUACUUUGAUCCAGAUGGUCUAAGAGAAGAUGAUACAUUAGACACACAUAUAGGAAAUAAUAAUCUAGCAGUCAAAUUGUUGUAUCUAUUAAAUGCGUUGACUCACAAUACACAUUCGAUGGUAUAUGAACAUGAUGAUGGACAUUCGAGAGAUCAUGAACAUGAGGAACAUGGUAUUAGUGAUCCCGGGGAUUUGACGAGGAGUUUAGCAGUUGUGAUUGUACCGAUGAAUUCAAAACCGCACACCGCACUGGGGAAGCUACUGCGUUCACCGCUACGAAGUCAAUAUGAGGUGGAAGACAGAACAGCUCCGCCAAGGAUACGACGACCUUAUGAUGAUUACUAGUAGAAGAAACUAU